AGCAGACUACGGAUGAGCUGGAGCCUGGCCGAUGAAGUUGACCAUAUGCAAAUCUCUACUGCCAUCGCUCUAGCUGUUCGAGUCUCUGUCGCACUUCUGACACGUACAUUCUUUCAACCUGACGAAUACUUCCAGUCUCUCGAGGUCGCACAUCACCUUGUCUUUGGCUAUGGCAAUCUCACUUGGGAAUGGCUUACCGCCCAACCAAUUCGGAGUAUCAUCUACCCCGCCCUAAAUGUUCCCGUUUAUUGGGCUCUUGGACUCGGUGGCCUUGAUGCCACCAAGCUCUUAAUAUGGGCUCCCAAAGUUCUGCAUGGCAUCUUAGCCGCAGGAACCGAUGUCUAUGUGGAUGAGUUGGCCCGUAAGAUUAUAGGGCCUCAGUACGCUCCUACGGUGCUCUUCCUGUCACUCACAUCGUUCUUCCACGUACUCUCGCUGUCACGUUCGCUCUCCAACUCCUUGGAAACCACCCUAACCACCGUCGCACUCAGCCACUAUCCCUGGGAUACAACCACUCCACCCAAGAGACAAGACAUACGACGAUUUCUGGCCACUGCUGCUUUGGCUUGUGCAGUCCGGCCCACCAACGCUGUCAUCUGGGUCUACAUGUCAGGCCUGCUUCUCUGGCGGCUUCGUCGCCAGCCGCGUCAUUUGGCCUCUCUGCUCCUCAACGUUGCAGUCGUAGGCUUGCUUGUGACUCUGGCUGUCUUCCUCCUAGACUCCGCAUACUAUGGCUCUCCGACAUGCACCCCGCUGAACUUCUUGCGCACGAAUCUCUCUUCGGUUUCGUUGUUCUACGGAAUCAGCCAGUGGCAUUACUACUUCUCGCAGGCAAUCCCCAUCCUCUGCACCUCGGCUCUCCCGUUCGUUCUACAUGGCGCCUGGUUGGCAAUGUGGUCCCCGAACCCCGCUUUGAAGGUGCUGCUGGGACUGAUCGGCUGGACGAUUGGCGUGUACUCACUUGCAGGCCACAAAGAGUGGCGGUUCAUCCACCCACUCCUUCCUCUGAUGCACAUACUCGCUGCCAAGUCACUCGUGGACGUAACGCCGCGUAGCUCAGGUCGUCCGGCGGCCGUCUCCAUCCGGAAGUCUCACCGAGCACUGCUCCUUACCACGUUGCCACUGGCUGUAUACGUCGUGCUCUUCCAUUCGCAAAGCCAAAUCGAAGUCGUGCAUUACCUGGGAGACUUGCCAUCCGAGGAACUGCAUUCUGUGGGCUUUUUGAUGCCUUGCCACUCCACUCCGUGGCAGGCGUAUCUGCACAGGCCGGAUCUGGCCAGCCCGGGAAGACUCUGGGCUCUCGGCUGCGAGCCUCCCAUAACAGGCCAAAAUUUGACUUCAUACAGGGACCAGACUGACAUCUUCUAUGAGUCUCCGGCAAACUACCUGCGCACUCGGUUCCCAGGCUCGGUCGAUCCGGCUUUUCCUGCGUCACCGAUGCCGUCUACUCCUCCCGGAGCGACCCUCCCCGACCACGGAGAUUGGAAACACGAGUGGCCUGAAUACCUAGUGAUGUUCGGAGCGCUGUUGCAUGAUGGCGAGGUACAGUCCACUUUGGAAAGUAAGAGGUACCGAGAGGUCUGGAAGAUGGAGUCUGGGUGGGAGGGAGACCGUCGAAGGCAGGGAGGGGUCAGAGUUUGGCGGUUCCAGCCAUAGCUAGAGUACAGCUCCGGGUAUUGCAGAAAGCCGUUGCGGUGGUACAAAACCUGUUGUCUGGUCGUGUCCCAGCAGCAGUC